CUAUAGCAGCCAUCUUACUUAUAACUGGUUAUCAACUAUCAAGUAUCAACCAGAGCUAUCAAUCAAUGUCUUUAUAAUUAUUGUCUAUUAUAAUGUAAAAACAUAAAAAGAAAAUAUUGUGAUUGCUAGGUUCUACAUUAAUAUUUGUUUUGUAAACUGAUCUGUCAUUAAUAGCAACAGAGACUAUAAUUAGAAAUUUAAAUUUUUCAAUAUGUACGUUUUUGUUUUUUUAUAAGUUUCAACUUUCAAGUAUAAUUUAAAAUUAAUCCUCUUCUUGAUUAUUCCAAGUACAAUAGCGAGUGUCAUUAAAUAGCAAUUAUGACAGGAAGAAGAGAUAGAUCACGAUCUCCGAUGAGAGGAGAUAAUGCUAUGCGUCGGAGAGAAAAUAAAAAUGGGGACCAAAAAACUGCUGAAGGCAUAUCAAAUGUGAUAAAUCCUAUGAUGAUGGCAAAUAUGUACCCUCAAGGGAAUAUGAUGAUGAGUGGCAUGUUCAACAUGAUGAUGCCCAAUCCAAUGAUGGCUGGAGGGAUGAUGCCUUCGAGCGGAAUGGAGAUGAUGCAGAGCACCAGUAUGGAGAUUAUUUCACAGCCACCAAUAGACAUAACCGCUAUGGGAACACAACCCUUAGCCGCUCCGCCUUUGACACCAUCAAUGGACAUGAGUAUGAUGGGUGGUGUUAUGAUGGAUCCAUCCAUUAUGGGUAUGUUUCCAAACAUGAGUAACGAAAUCGUGCCAGAGAAGAAGGAAAUUGUCCUUAAGCAUAGCAAGCUAGUGGCACCAGCCCCAGGAACCCCACAACCUCCUCGAAGGACCAGGCCUCCGGGGUGUCGCACAAUCUUUGUUGGUGGUUUACCAGAAAAAAUAAGAGAGAAUGCUGUAAGAGAAAUAUUUGAGCGUUAUGGAAGAAUACAAAUAUUAAGGUUGUCCAAGAAAAACUUUUGUCACAUACGUUUUGAUAGAGAGAGUUGUGUGGAUGCAGCCAUGGUUAUAUCGGGAUAUAGGAUCAAAGUUCUGAACAAGGAAGGUGAUAAGGAAGAAGACGAUAAUAAUGCCUCAAGUGGCUGGCUUCACGUUGAUUACGCUUUGAGUAGGGACGAUCAGAACGAGUAUGAAAGACGCCAGCGUCUAGCGCUGCGUGUUCAACAACAACAAAUGCAACAGAUGUCCGCACAACACGAGGCUAUGAGUAACAGGAACGCUACGUACAGAAGAUCCCCCUCACCCCUCAGGAUACAACCCUUCUCAGCGACAGCCAUCGUACAGUUGACAGAGAAAAUUAAAAGCGAAGAACAUUUCGCCACCACACUUCCCACACUGAUAUCGUGGUUGGAACGUGGAGAGUGUUCCAAAAAGAGCGCCAAUCAAUUCUACUCUAUGAUCCAAGCUACUAAUUCUCACAUCAGACGACUUUUCAAUGAAAAAAUGCAGGCUGAAGAGGAAUUACAGGAAUGCAAAGAUAGAGUGAAAAAUAAUAUACAGAAUGUCAUCGAGCAACUCGAACAGGUGGGGAAAGUGUUUAACGCAGCGACCCACCAGCGUGUCUGGGACCACUUCACUAAACCACAAAGGAAGAAUAUAGAAACGUGGCAGAAAAUGACGCAGGAGUUCAAUACAUUGAAGGAGGAGUUCAGUGAGAGGUUCUUUAACGAUGACUCGGAAUACAAUGGCACGAGCAAGGGCAGUUACGAUAGCAAUAAUGAAGACAUAAACCAGUUGAAGCGUGAAAAUGAGAGUUUACAAUUCCAAUUGGAAGCGUACAAAAACGAGGUGGAAGUUAUAAAGAACGACGCGCAAAAGGAAAUGGAGAAAUUUAAGGCACAAUUUAUAGCGCGACAAGCAUUGUUAGGGGCAAUGGAAAACAAACCUCCCCUACCGUCGUCAGCGUCAGAGCAGCCCCCGCCUCCCCCUCCGCUGCCUGAUGACGCGGAUGACUCCCUGAAGACGGCCGCCGAGGUCGCGCCAGGGGAGGCCAGGCUUAUAGGAGUCAUGUCAGCCUUCUUACAGGUACACCCCCGGGGAGCCAGUCUGGACUACGUGGUGUCCUAUGUACGAGCGUUAUUCCCAAAUGUAACACAAGCAAUAAUACACCAUGUACUGCAGAAGUACGAAGACGUGUUCCAGAAAACCACCAGCGGGGUCGGAGCCAAUAUUGAGAACCGUUGGACCUUUGUAGCGUUUAAUAAUAAGACGUAGUGUAUGUACUUAGUAAACUUGAGGAAUAUUGACAUUAUUUCUUUAUCGACGGUUAUAAGUUGAACGUUGUUUGAACAAUUAAUACUUGUGAUAUCAAUACUUAUAAGUAUGUUUUAUAUGACAAGUUCCAAAAUAUGAGAUAUAUAUGUAUAUGAAUAUUG